AUGUCUAGCUUCGAUCCUGCCGGACGUAUCGACGUCUUCUCACUUGCAAAGAAUAUCAAGAAGCUUGAGACAGAUGCCGAUUGGCGCAAGUGGAGUGAGGAUAUGAAUCAAUUGAUCAGGGCAUAUGACACCAAAUGCUGGCAGAUCCUCCAGGGUCUUGCGAAGAAACCUGCUGGACCCAGUGUAGAUCAGAUUCAUGACGUUCCGCUCAUGACAGCAUACCUAACCUCCAUCUUCGGUACAGUAGAACGAAUCCCGACCGACGCCAUGGAUAAGUUGCAGAAGGCACUGAGUGAUUGGGAUCAGAUUAACUGCAUCGGAUGCAUGGUGCUUAAGUUGACAGUCUCGCCUGGAGCCGCUACUAUGAUCAACAACAUGUUUGAUCUCAGGGAAGCCUACCUCAUUCUUAAGAAAGCAUACCACCGUACGUCCUACCCAAACAGCUUACUCAUGUGGGACAAGAUCAUGCACCUUCAAUACAAGAAAGAAGACACCGCACAUAGUCAUCUUCAACGCUUCCAGCUUGCGAUUCAGAACAUCCUUGCUGAUUAUCCCUCAGUGCUUGGCAACACCGUCAUCUUCUGCAUGUUCAUAUCGAGCAUACAGUACCAUCCUGAUAUUAAACCGUUCACGACGAACCUCAUUGUGGAUACUCACAAUAUAACAGACACCGUACUCGCCGGCGUCUACUCACGUUUCCUCUUGAGUGACUCAAUUCACAAGCUUCAUCAGAACCACCAAAAAUCCAACAACAGCGCCGCCGCCACCACCGUCGACAAGCCUACCAAUGUUGGCAAGGGCAAAAACCGUAGCCGAAAGCGCGGCAAACGAAAGUCACAGGACAAAUCCAGCUCUGGAUAUGACUCAGUUCAUACGGAUAACAAAUCUGCAUGGUGUCCAAAGCACGGUUCUUGGGGCAAUCAUGUACAGUCUAAAUGCAGGCUUUCCGAAGACAAAUGGAAGAAUCAGGCCAUGCCUAAGUCCAAUGCCGCAACUUCAGAAGAAGAUACUACCUCUUCAGGAGAAUAUGUCGCUAAAACUUCUUACAAGACUUACAACAACCUCUAA